AUGAGCGAACAAGUGAGCCAAGUGAGCUGGGUGAACACAGACCCGUCCUUGUGGGAGUCCCAGGUCGGCACCGGUCAAUGGGGCAUGCCUCUCAUCUCCCGAGAGGUCUUUGGCGACACCGACUUGCAUUACCCCACUGUCAACAGCAGUCUGCCUCUAUCGGAGGUCGGCCAGUCCUUGACCCUCUACGACACCGGGUUCCGGACCUUCACCAGCUCUACAGAGGGAGAUAUCGUCGAGACGGUUCGUAAUCAAGCCGUGAACAAAAGUAAAAUCCCUUUGGCCGAGAUGCAUGCCAAGUUCGCUGAAGACCGAGAGUUGGGCUUUCGCAAGUCCAGCAUGCUGUUUAGGGUCGAUGUGGGAACAAAGAUGGCCAUGGCCGACGUGGAAUGGAACCAUGGAGAUACUGAGCAUGUCGAGGACACGAAUUUCGCCACUUUCAGAAUUAUGGCUCAUGCCAAGGGGAAUGAGCUGAUCAUAGAGAACGUUGCUCCUCAAGACCCAUCUCUUGAUCCGGCGUAUGCCACCACCCGUGAUGUGUUUGACAAGUCACUCCCAAGCCUACAUCAUGUCAAGCAGCACGAUUUCAAGCGCGAAAUCACCCAGGUGCUGUUUGACAACCCUGCGGGAACGGGUAAACUUGCUACGCGACUUUUGGUACGAACUACAGGAGCUACUCAUGUUGUGGACCUAAAUGCUAAUGUCCAAGAGCUGUUUACAAGCAUGGUUUCCACGUCCUACUUUGAUCUCAGAGACGACAAGUACGUGGACUGUGAUCUUCAGGGCGACCUAUACGCAGGAGCAACUGCAGAUGGAACAUGGCGAAUACACCAGUUGGGAACAGAGCCGGAAGCUCAUCCUCCAAUUAUUGCUCAGGGAUACGAUCCACGCUUUGAGGUGCUUAGUGACUGGAAAAGUAUCAAGCUGUUUGAUGGAGGCAAGAAGAUGGCCCUGGCUUCAAGGAAAGGACUGCGGCUAUAUGCGAUGAACAAGGAGGAUAUGGGAGCUGAACCGACUUUUGUCGAGUUGUUUCAACAGCAGCAUGCAGGCGACGUGAUUAUGGACAUGAAAAGAGACCCCAAGUACCCUAACUUGCUAGUUGUGCUUUCUGCGGUGCGAAUGAUGAUCUUUGACCUUAACAAAGAUACGCCUCUUCAGAUCUCCCGAACAAUGAACCUGCUGAGUGAGGAUGCCUCCAUCAAGCUCUCCAUGUCCCUGGUCGAAGGCAAGUCAAUUGCCAUUGUCCAUUCUCAAUUGUCUCUUCAGAAGAUAUUCUACACAUAUGCAUACCAGAACCCUGCAGAGCCACUUCUGCUAGAAUGGACCUGUGACCCUUACCCUAUUAUGCUGUCUACACAAACACCUAUCAAUUCAACCCUGCUGGUUGAGUUCCCAGGCGCUAUUGACAUGCUGUUCGAUUGCGACAUUGAUGGAUGUGUAGUUCGCAAGCUUCUCACUAGUGAACCGUCCAAAUUUCAAGACUACAAACCUGACCCAGUGUGGAAGUUUCCUGGUCAGUACAAAAAUGGUAAAGAACAAAACGUGAGAGUGUUCAGUUUUGAAGGCUAUGACGAGUUUAUGCUACCGCCACCAUUUCCAGAGCCCAUUGGUGUGUCUGAGAUUGCUGGGAAGCUUGAUGGUCUCAUCAAGACCUGGCACAAGGAAGGCUGUCCUGGCGGUAGAACGUCUCUAGCUCAAUUGGGAGCUGACGACACACCUUCGUCGAUUGAUGAGUUUGGGGAGAUGCUGGGCGAGUUGCAGAAACAUUAUAGCACCUCUGCGGUCCGGAUCUUCCCAAAUGUGGACCCAGUGAAAAAGUACGAGGAACUCAUGAGUGUAUACGUCACUCCCUCGACUGACACAUCUGAUCGGGGCAAUCCUCUUCUUGGAAAGUACCUCAUAGAGUAUCGCAUCAAGACUGAGCGUAUGUGUCGUCGGUUGGCAGCUACGCUCUGCUACCUGACGUGUAGCGUACGUCGCUCCAAAGAAGACAGAGGAAAGGAAAAGGACGUUCCGGUGCAUAUUACAAAGAUGUUGGAUGACUGGGUGAUAGGUGCGCCUCCCAAAACCAACUACGAUGAUUGGGUCGAAUUUGGAACGCGCAAGAAUAAGCGUAAGGCCCCUACUCAGCAGGAGCUGCUUUCCCAGAUUGUUGCCAGCAGAAACACGAUUCCCACACUGUCUCUCUCGAGCCAGGCUCCUUCGCAGCGAGCAUCUUUGGCUCCGUCCAGCUCCCAUCGCUCGUCGCUAGCUCGUGUUGCCUCUCAGGACACGAGAAGACAAUCUGCUGGCCCCUCCGGUUCACAGGGCGGUUCUCAGAAGCGUUCCAAGCGAAGAAAGACUCUUGGAGGUUUCCGCUAG